UCCUUAGCCCCGCCCACUGUGAGGCAGCCGAUGUGGUUUCUAUGGCAGCGCUCCGGAAGUGAGGAGGAUGCUGUGUUUAUAUUGGACUGUGUUUAUUUAGAUAGUGAAGCAGGUGCAGUAUUGAGUCUCCCAGACAGCGGACAGGAUUAAACAUGUCUAUUUCCAGCGUCCAGAAGCUCGCCGUGGUGUCGUGUGUGGCGCUGUGCGUCGCGCUGCUGCUGCCGAAGAUGCUGCUGUCGCGAGCGAAGAGAGACGGAGAAGGACCUUCAGGCCAGUUUCCGCCGAUGCCCCCCCGGGCUUCAGUGUCGGAGGAGCCGCGGCGGUCCAGAGCUCAUAAUCCCGAGGCCAGAGGAGCCGGAGCCGGAGCCGGAGUCAGAGGGGUCGGGACCGGGGGAAAGUCCAAUCUCGCGGGACAGAUCAUCCCCAUCUACGGCUUCGCCAUCUUACUCUACAUCCUCUACAUUCUUUUCAAGAUCACAUCAAAGGGCAAAACAACACAACCUGCAGAAAACCGCUUCACCGCUGUCAGAUCACAAAACACCCAGAGGAAAAUAACUGAUUUCGAGUUGGCUCAGCUGCAGGACAGACUGAACGAGACGAAGGACGUGAUCGAGAGAAUUAUUUCAUCAGCCAGCGUCGGUACAGCCAGUGCUGCAGUGGUGGAGGAGCAGCAGUUACUGCAGCAGCUGCAGGAGAUCGCGCGUGUGAUGCAGGAGGGUCGGCUCGUGGACUCAAUCCCAGCCGACGGCCAGCAGUGGGACGAUCCCUCUGACCUCAGCCGUGACGAGCACUUCUGUGGUGUUCAUUCCCCUCACCUGAGCACACGCACACACACACACACCAGAGAUGAUCCUGAUGAACACCAGCACAACAUCAGCCAAUCACAGCCACAGACAGGAAGUGACAUCACGCCUGGCCCAGAGCACAGCGCCGUCAGGCGGAGGAACACCGUGUUGAUGAGCACUACUGAUGAUGCGUCUCCUGUUUCCUUAUAAUGUACACUCAGAAAAACAGCACAUAUUCAUUUAGCACAUUCCUCAAAUAUUAUUAUAUACAUGUACUGCGUCACGGAAAGAGACUGACCCGUAAUGUUCAACAGCUCUGAAGGCAAUAAAGGGCUCUGGCGUUCACAUCCUCUCAGUAAACGGCAUCAUGACUUUAGUUUAUGGCUUCAUCACUUCUGUAACUGAUGCCUUUAUUAUUUAUUGAUAUUUUCUUGGCAUGCUUGCAUGACUGUGUAUCAUAUUCUGCUAUAAUAAUGUGUUAAUAAACCUCACGUCUGA